AUGUCGUCUCUCGCCGCUCAAGCCGUAGCCUCGCGCCCUCCGGCCGUACGCACCGGGACCAGCGGUGCGGGCGCUACGGAGCAAGGGGCGAAGCUGACGCCGCGGGAGGCGUUUGAGGCGUCGAAGGCCAAGGAGGCAACGAAGGUCGUCGUGCGGUUCAAGGCGACGGGAAACGCCCCGAUCAUGAAGCAGAAUCUCUACAAGAUCACGGCGAGCAACCAAUUCAGGGCCGUCAUCGCGUUCUUGCGGAAAGAGUUGGCUUGGAAACCGAGUGACCCCCUUUUCCUUUACAUCAACUCUUCCUUCGCGCCUGCACCAGACGACACGGUAGCCGAUCUCUACAAGUGCUUCGGCACGGAGAACCACCUCAUCGUCAACUACAGCUCCACGCAAGCUUGGGGAUAG